UCUAUAAAGGCUUCCAUCAAAGCUUUCUUCUCUCAUUUUCAGAAUUUCCCUUUUAAAGCUAAUUCAAGCUUCAUUGUAAUCAACCGCUAACGCAACUUAGCUUUGAUCUCCCCCCCCACGGUACUAUAUACAUCUGACCCACAAGUCCGAGGUUUUGUAUCAUCUCAUGAGGAUCAUGUGGAAGUUCAUUAUAGUGAUGUAUUUUAUAGCAUUGGUCGGAUCAAGAGGAACCUCGGCGGCGAGGCUGGCGAUAUGGAGGAUGAACAAAGAAGCUAUCGGAAGAGAGUUUUCCUUGCAGAACAAGCUCCAACGAGGUCCAGUUCCUCCUUCACAACCUUCUCAAUGCCACCAUAGACUAAGCCCUCUUUCUCAUUCGGAUGGUUAUUCUUCUCAAAGUUAUGUUGCUUGCCCUUGAUCAUGCCACCUUCAUUGGCCAUGAUCGACCAUAUUUUUAUUCUUUCUUUUUUUCAUAUGUAUGUAUCCGUAUAGUUGUUUGAUCCGACUCAUUCAAAAUCGAAAGAGUCGUACGUAAAGUAUGUUUUGGACAUAAAUUGAAACCAUUUUUGUGUUAUAGAAUUGGUAACUUGAUCAUUGAUUAA